CAUGCCUGCUGGCCAUCUCAAUGCUGGGGUCGAGGGGCGCACCAGGGAGGAACAAGACCUUCUUCCCCUUCUUCUCAGACUUCAGGGGACACAAUGUGACGGCCCUGCGCAUAGGGGAGUCUUCUGCCCUGGUCUCCAUCUUCCUGCUGGCCUUGGCGGGAAACAUCUGGGGCAUCUGCCUGCUGAUGCGGCAGCGGCAUCGGCUGUGCGCUGCCAACUGCCUCGUCCUCAAUCUCUUCUGUGCCGACCUGCUCUUCGUCACCGCCAUCCCCUUCAUCACUGUCGUGCGCUGGACCGAGUCCUGGGUUCUGGGCGACGUCGUUUGCCACAUGCUCUUCUACGUGGUGAGCCUCAGCGGCACCGUCGUCAUCCUCUCCCUCUCGGCCGUCAGCCUGGAGCGCGUCGUCAGCAUCGCCCGCCUGCGCCACACCGCCCUCCGCCGCCGCAAGGCGCUGGCCGCCGCCCUCCUCCUCAUCUGGGGCUUCGCAGCCCUCGCCACCCUCCCGCUCUGCUGCUUCUUCACCGUGGUGCGGCUGCCCGCUGCCGGCGGCGAGGAUGUUCAGAUUUGCACCUUGGUUUGGCCCAGCAUUGCAGGAGAAAUAGCUUGGGAUGUGACCUUUGCUAUUGUUUUCUUUCUAAUACCAGGAUUAGUCAUUGUCAUCAGUUAUUCCAAAAUCUUACAGAUUACAAAAGCAUCAAGAAGGAGUUUAAAUGCUGGUUUAGCCUACUCACAAAACCAUCGGAUACGUGUUUCCCAGCAAGACUACAAACUGUUCCGAGCCCUUUUUUUGCUCAUGAUCUCUUUCUUCAUCAUGUGGGGCCCAAUUACAAUAAUUAUUCUUUUAAUUUUAGUCCAGAAUGGGGAGCAAAAUUUAAAUAUUUUGCCAUCAGUUUUCUUCUGGAUAGUAUUAUUCACUUUUGCCAAUUCUGCUAUCAAUCCAGUGUUGUAUAACGUUGCCUAUUUCAGACGUAAAUGUCAGGAAAUUCUUCUCUGUUGUACAGGGAACCCUGUAAGGCGUGGGGCUGGUAAAGAAACCACUGCAAGAAGUAACCACGAACAACCAAAUUUGUCUUUCAUUACCAGAUAAUUACUUAAAGCCUGGGCUAUGCCACACUUUGGAUGUUAAUGUCUGCAUUAUCCCAGGUUGAAUAGGUCACUGUGUUAUAGUACUCUAUGCCAGAGAAGGAAAAAAAAAA